AUGUCAGCGACAACGCCGAUCGAGAAGGCAGCAACUGAGGAGCUUGGAGAUAACCCUCUGGCGCCAGUCGAGACCAGGAUGAGCGAUUACGUGCCGCCGGUCAUGUCGACGUUACAACGCAGAGUGAUCAUGGUGUCGCUCUGCCUGACACUGUUCCUUGGGGCGCUGGACGUGACCAUCAUAUCAACAGCGCUUCCUACCAUCGCACGGGAGCUCGGAAUGACCUCACAACAGUAUGCGUGGAUCAGCAGCGCAUUCACCCUCGCCAACACCACCUCCACGCCCGUCUGGGCAAAGGCUUCCGACAUCUUUGGUCGACGUGGCAUCGUGAUCGCUUCCGCCGUGGCCUUCAUGGCCGGGAGUCUGAUCUGUGCGCUCGCACGCGAUGGCACCAUGCUGAUCGGCGGACGAGUCGUACAAGGUCUUGGCUCCGGAGGCUCUUUGGUGAUGGUGACAAUCAUUAUCGGAGAUCUUUUUGCAUUGAAGGAUCGCGCAAAGUACUACGGCCUUACAGGCAUCGUCUGGGGAAUCGCAAGCGCCAUCGGUCCGGUCCUGGGAGGUGUCUUUGUCCAAACCAUCGGAUGGCGAUGGUGCUUCUACAUCAACUUGCCGUUUGACGGCCUGGCGAUCGUCGUGCUCUUCUUUGUCCUCAAAGUCGAGGUCGAGCGCGAGCCCGUCAUGCAGGGACUACGCACCCUUGACUGGACUGGGCUCGUUCUGAUCAUCGCUGGAUCCAUCCUGUUCCUCUACGGUCUCGAGAUUGGCGCCACCAAUGCUCAACCGUGGUCCGCACCCAUUGUUGUCUGCAUGAUGACCAUCGGACUCGCUCUCCUCGUCGUCUUUAUGGUGUGGGAGGCUCGCUUUGCCGCCAAGCCUGUCAUCCCGGGACGCAUCUUUUCGAAAGCAACCAACAUGGCGGCCUUCGUAUUGGCAUGCCUGCAUUCGCUUUGCUUCAUCUCUUUUGAUUUUUUCCUGCCGCUCUAUUCGCAGGUCAUCCUUGGCCUCUCUCCCUUGAUCUCGGGAGUCACGCUAUUCGCCCUCAUCGUGCCUCUAUCAUGCAUGCCCGUCGUUGGAUCGAUUUUCAUCCGCAAGACAGGCAACUACGUGAUCCUGUGCUACGUUGGCGCCACACUCAUGACACUAGGCAGUGGACUCUUCAUCAGCUUCAAGACCGAGCGAGAGUGGGCCAAGAUCAUCACGUUCCAGGUCAUCACUGGUAUCGGCGCCGGUCUGCUGUUCCAGACGCCCUUGAUUGCGCUACAGAACUAUCUCCACCAGGCGGACAUGGCGGCUGCCAUGUCGGCGUACAACUUCCUGCGCAACCUGUGCACCUCGAUCUCGGUAGUCAUCGGAUCGGUGCUGAUCCAACAUUCUCUGCCAGCAGGCAGCAGCAUCACCUCGCUUCACUCAACCCAAGAGACGAGUGCAGGACACGAGACGGUCGAGAUCGUCUCCAAGAAGCAGUACAUGAACGGUCUGCGCAACAUGUGGAUCUUCUACACGGCGAUCUGUGGUAUCAUGCUCGCCGCUUGCGUCUUCAUCAAGCAGAAGCGUAAGGUAGACAAGUCGGAGGAGGCGAGCGUCGAAAACGGGCCAGAGAAGAGGAAGAGCAUCGAGGAGGCCACGGCCUGA